AAUGUUGCCAUCACACUGGCCAAGUAAUAAUUUCGUACGCAGUCGGUGAUAUUUACAAUUAUUAUUUCUCUACUGUUUUGACAAAUACAAUACAAUUUGCUAUAAAUUGUUAUUCAUAUCAGUAUUUCGUUGUUUUAAGACUGAAAGAAGUCAAAAUAUCGUUGAAGGUGUGAAUAUGUUUUGGUAACAGUUGAUGUCGGCAUAGUGGAUACAUUUGACAAAAUAUGGUCGUACGUUUCGUCUGAACAGAUCAGUGGUGAUGAGUGAGCAAACUGAAAACUGUUAUUUGGACGGAGAUGUGGUAUGGGUGAAACUUGGCUCAUGCUGGUGGCCAGGGGAAGUGGUUGGCUUCGAAAAGCUCCCCCCUGAUGUAUUGCCAUCUUUUCGGAAACCACCUAUUGCUGUGGUCAAAUUUUUCCAAGAGGACACUUAUGAAUAUGUCAAGAACACUAACUUAAUCUACAAGUACAAUUGCAGUCGAAAAAAUGAAUUUAUCAGUAAGGGACUAUACAUGUAUAGGACAAAACAUGGACACAUGGAGAAAUUUCCAGAAGACGUAAUUCGAGCAGAGACAGCAAUUGGUGGUGACAUUGAGAUCCUAACUAGGGAAGAGUUUCAAGAGACCAAGAAAGAGAGUUAUGCUGGCUUAUUUGGUGACCCAAAGAAAACACCUGGCUCUGGGAAAAAAGGAAGAGGCAAGGGAAGACCUGCAGAGUCACCAAAAUUAUUUACACCUACUAGAAAGAUCAAAGAAAAAACUGAUUAUAAGGUACAUAUAUUAGUUCAAGGGUCAAAUACGCCCAGUCAACCUACAGAAGUGUCAUCAAUACCGUCAACUAGUUGUAAUGAAUCUGAUACGGCAAAUGAGAAACCUCAAAAUUUAGAGACACCACAAGUGUUAGCCCCAUUAAUUCCAACAUGUUCAAGCUCUGGAAUAUAUUCUUGUCAUGCUUGUUCGUUCUCUACAACACGUUUAAAUGUUCUAAUUUUACACAAUAAAACACACAGUGUCACCUUUACACCUUAUACACCAUCACCUGUGCGGAAAAAACCUAUAAAAUCGUCCCCAAAAUCUACUCCCAACACAUCAAAAAUAUCAAAAGUCCGGCGCCCGCAUAAAGAAAAAUUAGAAGGGACCGUUAAAAAACCUACUAAAUCAUUAAAACGUACAUCAGAAGAUGGAAAAGAUAAUAGUUCACAAAUUAAAAAGCUCAAAACUGAUGAAGAAAUUAAGAGCAGUCUUUUAGCAGAUUGGGAUGAUAUAGAUGACGAAGAAUCAAACGAUGAGUCGUCUACUAUGGUAUUGGCUGGAUCGCCAGAAACAGCAGUUGCAGCUGAAUCUCCCGCAAUUCCUACUCCAGCUGAAUUACCUAAUAUUCGAGUUGCUGGAGAUACUUCACCUCCAACUCAUAAACAAUUUGAUGAUUUAUCUACUAAUGAAAAAGCCGAAUCAUCUAGUGACUCUAAGUAUGAAUUUUGUGAAGAUGAAGAUUGGCCUUUAGAAACAGACGCCGGUAGGAAAAUACCAAGAGUAAAAAAUGCAUCAAAACGAAAGGACGAUGCAAAAAGUGUUAGUUUAGAUGACGAUGAAAUGGCAAAAGAAGUCGCUGAAUUACUCAAUAAAACAACUGUACCAGAAUUGCCUUCAGUGCCAGAAUCUUUAAAAGUUGAGGAAAAUUUUCCUGAGCCUUCUAUUGUGAAAUCUCCUGAUAAAAAACUUGAAAAUUUACCAGAUUCAUCUAAAAAUUCUAUAAAGUUUACUACAGAAAAUCAACCUACAAAAGCUAUUUUCAAAACUAAAACAUUUUUUCGAAGCCGACACUCUAGAAGUCAAGAUGCAAUAGGUAAAUAUAUUGCAGAGCAAUUAAAUGCAGUAGAAAGAAUGGAUAUGUCAGAAAAUGAAAUUAAUGGUUCUGAUGCUGUAUCAUCACCAGAAGCAAGAGAUUCUUCCCCUGUAGAACAUGUGAAGGUGGCAAGGCUAGCUCCAAAAAUUCAACUAAAGAAAAUGAAAGCGGAGGCAGCACAGCUGCGAGAAAAGGAAAGAAAUAACAAAGACCAAGUUACUGACGAUGCGAGUAUUCCUAUUUCAUCAGUGGCGUCCAAAUUGGAAGAUACAUUUGUCACGAAUUUUAACACUAGUAAACAGACCGAAAAUGGUAAUAAAACAUCACCAUCUUAUUAUCCAGAAGAUGUCUUGUACCCCACUCAGGAUAUAAAGUUAGUAGAUGAAGAAAUUAUGGCAGGAGAAAAGAAUAUUCAAAAUAGUGAAGAGAAUAAUAAAGAAAAUCUACAUGAUGGUAGGCCUGAAAAUACAAUCACUGCUAACAAUAAUGUUACUAAAGAAUGCAUUACAAGUCCCGAAAUGAAUAAAGUUGAAACAACAUUUUCUGUUGAAAAUUUGCCCGAAACUAAGAAGUCAUGUGAUCAGGACAAGGAACCUUUUAUGAAUGAAUCUACUGCAUCGGCUGUUGAUGCGUUAUUGAGCGUAUCUCGAGAUGCAGAUAGAGUGACUAGAAUUAUUAGUAAUGAUCCACCUGAGGAUUUGUUUGAAGAUGAUAAAGACAAUGGAACUAAUAAUAACAUUAACGGUGUCAAUGACAAUGUAAAUCAAAUAGAUUCUGUUAACAAGGAUUUAGAAUUGAACUUAGAAAACGAACAAGAGGCUCCUUUCUUAGACGUCAAAAACAAUAUAAACGAACAUAAAAAUAUUAAUAAUGAUAAAAAUGAACAUUCUGAUAGAAAUUCUUUGGAUAAUCAAUCUAUUUCAAUGGAUAGCAUUGAACUACCUGUAGAGACCGAAAUAAAAAACAAUCAUACUUCAGAAAAUGUGCCUUCUGAAUCUGAUCUGCAAAUUGCAGAAGCCCUUAUAAAUUUGCCUUCUACAGCUAUUCAAAGUAAAUCUAAUGAUCACCAAGAAGUAUUUUUACCUACAGAAAUAAAACAAACUGAAGAAAAUGCUUUAGAGAUACCUGAUAAUGUAGUACUAGAGGAUCAAGUUUACAAUGAAACGGAAGACAAGAAACCACCCGAUUCGAGACUUUCACCUGAAUCGAUUUUGGCCAAAAGUGAUAAUAUAAACGUUCGUUUUGAGACUGAACAAGAAAAAAGCGAAAAUCUGAAUGCCGCACAAUCAUUGGUACAGAUGUCAGAAUCGGUAGACCAUAAAAUUAAUAUUAUUGAAACUAAUAAUGUAAAUAAUAAAGAUUCGUCUGAUGUAAGUUCAUAUAAUUUGAAGAAGAAGAACGGUAUAGAUAAUAUCAGUACAGUCGAACAAAAAGUAGCUUUAUUAUCAAGUGAUAGUGGCAGUGAAUCAAUCAUUGUAAAACCUUCUGUUAGUAAAUUUGAAACAACAUCGUCCAAACUAUUGAAAAUGUUAGAAGAACCUGGUCCUCCAAAACUUUCUUUAACAAAGGCCACACCAACCAAACAAAUUGUAAUACCAAGCAAAGAAAAGAUAUUAAAUUUUGAUGUUGCUAAAUCGUCAUUAUCAUCCAAAUCUUCUCCAGUCAUUAUACGGCGCACUCCUUCCAACAAAACCUUACUUAAUAAUUUGAAUGAUUUAACAUCAGAUAAAAUAAUAUUUUCACGUAGUAAUAAACAUGUGCAAGAGGCGCCUUCGGUGCAAACUUAUACAAUUCAGACAGCCCCUGAAACUACAACUGAAACUAAUACUAUUACAAUAAUUCAACAGAAACCUAGAAAAGUGUCGAAAACACCCACAAAAUUACAGAAAAUUAAACCCAGUCAAUCUCAAAAUUCCCUUGUUACUCCAUUGAAUGAUAAUAAACCACUAAAUACGACAUCAACCGCAGACGAGGCAAUGUUUGAUAUUAAUUCUAUGCCCAUAGUGUUGUCAGACGAUUUAUUAACACCAGAAAGUAUUGAAAAAAUGCCGAUCGUUAUGUCAGAUGGUAAUAUUAUUUCUAACACGCCAAAUCCGCCCAAGCUUAUUAAAACAAAAUCGGCCACAGUUGAAAACGAAAAAAAUGCUGUAAAUCCAGGACAUAAACCCGAAGUGAAGACGUUAUUAAUGAAUCCAGUGACAGAUGUGAAUAAGAUAACACCUAAUAUUCUAUCUAAAUCAUCAAAAAUACGUGGUGGUAAGCCUAUGUUAGUAAUUGAUAAAGCCACUGGUAAACAAAAAAUAAUAGUUACCAAGACAGAACCCAUGGUGAAAGAAGUUAAACAAACUCCUACUUUAAUUCAGCCAGCACCGCAGACUACAGGAAAAACUGAAAAGUUCAUAAUCUUACCUACAGCUAGUUCACCUCGGCCAGGAGGUCGCCCUCAAAAAAUUGUUAUUGAUCCACAAACAGGUAAAGCUCACGUACUUGUUGCUAAAGGGCCCGAAACAUCUAUAAGUAUGACUGAAAAUAAACCUGUUUCGGCAAAGUUAGUACCAUCUUCUUCAGAUGGUAGCACACCUGGUAGUACUGUAAUGAUUAUAACUAAUGCUCAAGGUGCGACAUCUAGAAUAGUUCUUACUCCAGAACAUGAAAGAAUUCUUUUCCCUAAUAAGCAACAAGCGAAUGUGUCACAAUUAAAAACUAUCACACAUCGAAUAUCUCCUAAUCCUAAUUCUGGAAAUAUACAAAAGACAAUGGUAACUGGUGUUGCCCCCGUAAAGACACAAACCAGAAUUGUACCGAAACAAAAGAAUGCGAUAAUUACUUCUAAAGGUCAAUUAAUUGUAGGAGGUCGUGUUGCUACCGCCACGGCCACUCAGAACAUAGCCCCGAUGCCAGAAAUACGACCCAGUCCCAAACGAAUUGUAGCUGCUGCUGAACCACCAAAAAAAAUCAUACAGACCAUACAGAAACCAUCAUCAGAACCAUUAAUAUUCUUACAACAAAAGUCUGGCACCGUAGUACAAUUGACUGCAUCACAAUUUGAACAUUUUCAAAGGACUGGACAAAUUAUACAAAAAGUCCCAGCACCCAUACAUGAAAACAAAAUUAUCGUCCAGAAAACAAAGACAGUUGUUGCUGCAAAUGAAACGAUCGUCUCGAAACAGAGGGUAAGAAAGACCGCCAUUGAAUCAUCAACGCCCGUCAAAAAGGUGAAACAAGAAAUAGCAAUAGCGCCAGCUCCAGCACAGACACUGAUGCCUGCCCUGACACCAAUAUCAAGUACACCUAUUACGAGCCUCUUACAACCGAAUAUAGUCUCUAAUACCGUAUCGGUCACUACAACACCUAGUUAUCCGGAAUUGGAGAAUUUUGAGGAACUCCUGCCAUCUACUGCAAUCGCACGACAGUCGGAGGUGGAGGCAUUACAAGCCGAUCCGCCGGCUCCAGUUCCAUCUGUCGCUCCCGCUCCAGCCCCCGUCCCUGCCCCAGCACCCACACCCGCGCCACCAGCUCCUCUCUCAGACGGUCAACUAUUGGCGGUGCCCGGAGAGCACUUUGGCGGGCCACAAGGUUCUUUCUAUCUCUGCGUCGAAGAUAAUGGUACUUUAACACCCAUAGACAACCGACCUCUUGUUUUGGAAAACAACCAAUUGGUACCAAUGGCCGUUGAACCUUUACCAAUUCUAGCUCCACAACCAGAACGUCGAGACAUACUCGAGGCAGCACUUGCUAACAGCGACGUGUUCCACGCAGAUACGCCAAGAGACGAAGCGCCCGAUUUUCGAGAUUUAAAUGCGAACGUCUCGGUUCAUUGUCGCGUGUCAGAAACCAGUACCACUUUAAAUCAGCCCAUAAUGACCCCUGUAGAAGUGCCGACGAAAGGCGACAGUGAACCUACAGUUCCUUCCAAUUUGGAGGACGGACUCGCCGUUAUAGGCGUCACUCCUCACACGGUGCCGACCUCGCUAGAAUUACCUAUUACCGUCACGGAUCCUAGAAUAGCGCCCAAAACUACGGAUCCUUUAAGUGGAACGAACUAUGGAACUACAUUAUUGCCGUCUCCCAAUACAGAAAUGACUUUUGUAACAACAGAGGAAGUGGAUAUGCCAGCGGUGGGUCCAAUAUCGAUGCCAUUACUAACAGACGAAGAGUCUGUAGGGAAGUCUAUGCCGAUAUUGACUGACGAAGUUGCUGAGCGAACAGUGUCAUCUGUUGAGUCUACGAUUGGAUCGCCGUCGUCCAUCGAUGUAAGAGAGUCUGAGACGGAAGACGGUAGCCAAUGGACUCAGCGGCUACUGACGCCUGGCUCCGACACGUCGGAAACAUCUGCCGAGAUUCCUCUACAACCAGUCAUACAACUAUCUGCAAACGAUUUAUCUCGCCACAGCUAAAUAUUGAUAAGCCAGGACGCCUAAUACUAUUUGUGAAAAUUUCAUUAGUUAUUUUCAUCAUUUUUUUAUUUAUUAUCGGUUCUUGAAUAAAAUUUUUACAUUACAUAUUUUAAAUGUGCAAUAGAAUAAGUGGUAUCGCUGUCAUCAUUUUAAGCUAUUUGGUGCGACGAUACAUGAUUUGUUGAAAGGGGGCGUGUCUUUGCUAUUCGUCUCUUUUUUUUAUGGAAUAUCUAUAGAAUCUUGUUAAAGUUGAUGUCUCUGAUAACUUAAAAGUGAGCUUGUGUCCGUUACAAACGUGCAUCUGUGUAAAUAUAUUAAAUUCAAAUAGUGUGAAAAAGCAUAUUAUAUGACUUUUUUUUUUAUUUGAAUUUCUAAUUACAUAUAUAGAUAUAUGCAUUACGGAAGAAAAAUUUAUAGAUUAAGAGUUACAGGUAAUUGUAAAUUUAAUUGAAUUAUGAUAUUGUUGGAUCGUAUCUGUAAUAUAUAAAAAUAUAGGUAUACAAUAUUUUUAUAACGUCAAGAAAGGCUUGUGUGUAAUCAUUACACGGGGAAAUAUAUGGACAGUUGUGACGGAGAAAUAUAUGGACAUGUGUGUGUGACAUGUGCUGUGUUCAUACAAGCGUUUGUUUAUGUGGCAAGUGUAGAAAGAUCUUAGACCCAAGGGUCAUAGGACCAUUAUAGCACUGGAAUGAAUGACUAUAUCAUAAUGUAGUGUUAAUGUUAAGUACAAUAUUGUUGAGUAACAUAUGUUUAAGGAACAUAUUGGUUUGUUUGAGUGAUCUACGUCAGAAUCUAGAUCGGUUUAUGAAAAUGAAGUCGUUAGCAUUAACUUCUGUGUAGUUUUAAUAAAAAUAAAUUUUAAUCAUAA